ACUUACAAUAUGAAAUAAGUAAUUCAAGAAAACUUGAAGCCAGUGGAUAUACGAAAAGGUGCGAGCCAAAAACUCCAUAAAAGGACGAUGGGUGAAAAAAAAUAUAGAUAAAUUUAAAAAAAAAGUAAUAACUGAUAGAGAAAGAUAAACAGCUGGUUGGAAAUUAUAAUACUGAUCAAAUUUGAAUACCCACUUUGAAUAUAAUCAUAAAGGCAACAAUAUCUACGGUAUCUUCAAGAUUUAUGGACUAGCAAAUAGCAAUCACGUAUACAGUUAAAUUUAAUGAUAUCCAAUUAGGAACACAUCAUGUCCGCACAGGUUGAAAAUAUUAUAAAUGUCUAUAAGACAUUGUCAAAAAUACCUACAAUCAUCAGUGGCACCAUUAACAAUACCGGAACUAAGAUAGCAUCAAGAUGGUCUGUUCGCAAUAUUGACAAAGGAAAAAACACACAAUAUAUGAUCAACUAUGUGUUGAACAAUGAUUUAAAAGUUAUUGCAGAGAGUGACUUUGGUGUGGAUGUUUCAAAUGAGUUAAUGACAUCUAUUUCUCCAAAAGAGACUUACAAGGCAGUUAUAAGGGAGGAGAAAAAUGGAAAAGAUAAUAGCAAGAAGUUUUUCCUUGAAAUUUGGUCAAAGAAGUGUCUCUCACAUUCAAUUGAUUUGUUGGCUCUCGAAAUCCAUGGAGACGUCUACACUGAUGCCGAGUUUGGUACUUUGGAAUGGUCAUCUGAUGAAAAAUAUUUGAUUUACAUUGCUGAAGAAAAGCCAAAGAAGUCUGAGCCUUUCAUUAAGAGGAAACCAGCUGAAAAGGACAAGGAUGGCGCCAGCGGUGAUAAAAAAGCAGCACCAGGUGAAGAGUUUGUAUACAGACAGGACUGGGGCGAGCAACUGACUGGUAAGAAGAGCUCGGUCAUAGUGCAGUGUGAGGUAGAGUCUGAGACACUCACCAUACUUCAAGGUCUACCCGACAACAAGUGUCCAGGACAGGUUCGUUUCACUCCAGACGGGAAAGGAAUCGUGGGAGUGGUUUGGGACGCAGCUCGACCCCGGAGGCUGGGGCUGGUGUUUUGUACCAACAGGAUCAGUCAGCUGUUCUAUCUCGGCUUCGAUCGUACUUACAGACGGCUAAGUAAGGACCUAUGUGCGGUCCGAUCCCCUCGGUUCCUGCACAACGGUGACCUUAUCUGGUUGCAGCGAGUUCCCGACGAACCCCACCAUGCCUGCAUGAAGAUCGUCAAACUCACUAAGAAUAAGCUCAAUGAAAUAGUGUCCAACAAGCCGGCGAUCGGAAAUGAUGGCGUCGAGAGUGUGGUUGUCGAUAUAGUUGACACGAGCACGCCGCUGAUCAACGGAGAGUCGUUCUAUGGCGUGUACGCACAUAGCCUGCCGAGACGGUGCGAGCCAAGCAACGACGGCAGGGUUGUGUUUAGUACAGUCAGCGUCAACGAAGUUCGUUGCUACGUGCUGGAAGUAGCUAGCGGAAAGUUGGUGGAUAUAUCUCGAAAAAAGCGGGGAUCAACCACAAUCCUCUGUGCUAACGGCGAUAUGUUACUGGCUUCCUUCUCAAGCAUCACCACUCCGGCGCAGUUAUACGUCGCAAAGUUGCCCAAAGCCGGGCACGAGCACACCGUCGAUUGGAAGCGAGUGAACGACCCGGAUCUGAUACCGGAGCGACUUGCCAAACUGAAAGUCAAUCAUCUUAAACUUGAACAUAAGGAAUCUGAAGAUCAAAUAAAAAAGUUCACGGCCAUUGUGACACACCCGGACGAGGCGGACGUGUUCCCGAUGCUCGUGUGGCCGCACGGUGGGCCGCAUUCUGCCUUCGUUGACUCUUACUCGCUGGAGACUGCUUUCUUCUGCUUGAUAGGUUUUCGCGCUCUCAAAAUAAACUUCCGUGGUUCAACGGGACAAGGAGACAAGAAUGUACGCUGCCUUAUCGGUCACAUCGGCGAUUAUGACGUAAAAGACUGCCUUCUGGCCAUAGAAACUGCCACUAGUGGGAGCAUGGGACAAUGCGUCUUAUACGGGGGUAGUUACGGUGGUUUUACCGUGACGCAUUUAGCUGGACGUUACCCGAAAAUGUUUAAGGCUAUGGUGUUGCGAAAUCCGUUGGUAGAUCUUGCGACUAAGGUCAAUUAUGCUGACAAUCCAGAUGGGUGCUAUGCAGAGGUGGGUAGUGCAUUCCUGGAAUGUGGUGAAGUCCAAGAUCGAGACCUACUGGCGAUGCGGCAGUGCUCCCCCAUGAAGUUCGUGCAUGAAGUGUGCGCGCCCACUGCUAUCAUGCUGGGGUCCGGCGACAAGCGCGUGCCCUACUACCAGGGACUGGAGUACGCGCACAGGCUGUCCAGUAACGGGACUAUCAACAAGGUGUUCAUGUACGAUGACAACCACUCUCUCAGCUCACUGCCCGUGGAGAUGGACAACCUCAUCAACGCCGCGGACUGGUUCUUCACACAUCUGAAGGCCUAGCCCGCGAGACUGCGUUCCAUUUUGAUGAAGACCAUCAUCAUGGAAUAUUUUGGACUCUAAAUUGGUCCGCCGGUCGAAAUUACGAAUUCUGUGGUCUCUGGUGUGGUAUUUACAAAAAGUGUCAAAAUAAUGCUGCAACGUUUUGAACAGAAAUAAUAGCAUUUGUUUAAUAAAUAUAAAUGUGUAAGUGGUUAAUAACUAUGUAAUGAGGGUACUUCUAAAUAUUUUGAAAUAGUUUCCUAUCAGCCUGCUUAGCAAAGUUUUCUAGAAAAUCAUUUUUGUCCUUAAUACAUAAGUAUAAGUGUAUGCUAAAUUUAAAUAAAUUCAAUGUCUUAAAUUAUAGGUAGAUACUUGAUAGAAAUAUUAUCAUCUGGAACUUGUUAUUGGUAUGUACAUUAGGGUUUGGGUUGCCAACUAUACUGUUUUCAACAGUAUUAUACUGUUUUUCACUAAAUUAUACUUUUUACUGUUGAACAAUAAUAAAGUAUACAAAAUACUGUUUUCAGCAUGCAAACACAUUAUGUGUUAUACUUACUCGCUCACACUUGGUUUUAUUUAGUUAGAGGGCGUUCACUGCUGCACAGCGUGAGCGAAGCCACAAACAAAUCACACCGAGUUUCUGAACGAAUCUGUCAAUGUCAAAUAUUCAAGACUGUCAGUGACAGACAUGCGAGUGUAUGCGUUUUCGUUCUCAUUCUCAGCCCUCAGGACAUAUAACCUUUUUUUACGUGGACCGUGAAUUAACUCAUUUAUUUUAAUUUUAGUUAUAAUUGUAGGUGUAUAUGCGUAUGAAGUUUUAAACAAGAUUAAAUUAGUAAGUUGUGCGAAAAAAUAUUCAAAAAAAUAUGUAUUUAAAACAAUAAAUAAAUAAAAUACUGUUUAAUAUACUUCACAGACCUGAAUAUACUUUAUUUCUUGUAAAAAAAAGUUGGCAACCCUAAUUAGGAACGAGGCAUUGACAAUGUUUGACGGUUCAAUAACCACAAGUAAAUUAUUGUGAUAUGUUAUAACUAAAAAAUUGAGGCUUAAAAAAGCAUGCUUUUUGAGGGUGUAAUUCUAUGAUAUUGAUAUUAUGUUAUAUAUUCACAUAACAACUGACAAAAUAUUAAAACCGUAGUUUGUCUAUACGUUAGUAUAUUGUAAGUGUAUGGUUAACCAUAUAAGAAAGAAGAGGACAGCUUGUGUUAGUCCUAAUUAGGACGCACCGGAGGCGCGCCCUGAUGAAGUUUAUUUCUCGUGUUACGUUUGUAAAAAAAAAAAACAAAAUUGGAAUAAAAAAAGGUAUUAAGUAUUUGUUAAAUAACGUUUAUUAAAUAUCAUUAAAUUAUUUUUAUACAGUUAGAUUUUUUUUUAUUUUACAACUUAACAUAUUUAAAUUUAUUUAAUUCUCAUCCAUUGAUUGUGGUUCAGUAGAGACAUGAGUUACAAGAGGCUUAUGGUAGGUACCUGAAGAUAUACCCAUGGUCUAGUUGACCAACUACGAAGUCAGCCUCACCUUCCACAAUCGGCAAGUGCCCACGCGCCGCGGUAUGCCAUAGAUCGGCGCCAUCUUGUCGCGCGCGCGGCGUCUAUUUAGCGCAUUCAUUUUACGUGCAUUAAUAGAUUGCUUAUAAUUAACAUGAUAUGGGAGAAUAUAUAAGAUAACUAUUGAAACAAGCUAUGAGAUCAUGCAAAAUAAAUUAUCUUAUAAACAAAAUGAGAGUCAGAACUUGUUCAGGGCGUAGUGUGCCAAUCGGCACUUCCGAUUUUGGUGUAUAUGAAAGAUCUAGUGCCAAAUGGCACUGGCCGAUUUUGACUGAAAAGUCACUCUGAUAAUUUUGUCUAAUGAGUCAAAACAGGUAUACCUACCUUCAAAAAAAGCGCACACCGCAGUUAUAUAUUCUGUCGUAAUUAACAAAAUAUUUAUAUUAUAAUAUAAUCUUUGCACAUGUAUUAUAAGUAGAGUGUAUUUUCACUGUUAAAAUAAUCCUGUAUUUAUGUUUUUCUAAUCGAAGUACUGAUUUAUUAACCGUAAAAGAACGGACUUCAUACCUAUAUUGUGAUGAUGUACCUUUUAGAGACAUAUACCAAAGUAUUAGUAAUGAGAUGUCAUAUUUGGUGUUUAGUAAAGAUGUAGUAUGUAAUUUUUUAUGUUUUACACAUAUAAAAGUAAAAAUUAAGAAACCUUAGAAUAUGUUAACACUUGUUUUAACUUUAGAAAUUGCUGACGCACAAAUUCAUGCAUUUUAAUUGGAUAUAUGUAGUUCCUGAAAAACGUUCCAAGCCACAACCAUUACCUUUUAAGGAAUUCGUGUUUAAAGUUUAAUAAAGAUUUGUGUAUUCCAUACAUGUGGGUUGGGCUACUAAGUCAUGAUAUCAUUUAAAGAGUUACAGUAGGGAUGACACUUUUUUUCAGUCCGUUAAUAUGAAUCGCGUGACCAGUUUUGUGUUCAUAACUCAAAUACGACUUGAUUGUGAUUUGGAACGAUUUUGUGGACUUAUGUCCAAUUUUUAGCUAAAAUUAAUCGAAAAAAUCUAAAUGUCUAUUUAAUUAUAUUAUCUCAUAUUAAUAAUGCUCGUACUGUGAGAUGUGUUUAAGGACGCAUUCGGCGUCAAAUUUAUUCAAAGUACACGAGGGGCACACUGAAAUGAUCGGGAAUAGAAUAUUUCUGAUUGAGUUACAAUAAAACCUUUUUUAGAAUUUGAAUACUGGCCUCUUAGAACCUUAAUGAUAAUCAGAAAUGGGGCUCACGCGUGAACAUUUUCGUGCCACAAUUUAUCACAAUUUUCGUCGCGGCUUAUCUCAAGAUAAAUGUCUCAGUGAACUUGUUUCGAUUUAUGAUGUUAAAGCACCGAGUCAAACGACAAUAUACCGCUGGUAUGCCGAGUUCCGACGCGGUCGUGUGUCGCUCAGCACUGUUUCUUCUGCAGGUCGACCAAGAACAGCGGUCACGCCUGAAAACAUCGCAGCUGUGCAAACUAUUGUAUUAGUUGACCGUCAUGUGACAUACGAGCAGAUUCAGGCUGUUAUCAGUAUAAGAAUUAGUGCAAUUCAGUCGAUAUUACAUAAUGAAGUUUGUGUAAGAAAGCUAGUUUCCCGAUGGGUACCUCACAAUUUGUACAAAUCAACCAUUUUGUCAACAUCAACUUCUGACUGGAAUUACUGUUUUAAUGAUUGGUUUGCACGAAUUUAAAAGUGCAUUAAGUUGAACGGAGAAUACUUAAAAAAAUAAUAAAAUACAACUUACCUAUACUGUGCAUGUGGUUUUUCUUAUUCCCGAUCAUUUCAGUGUGCCCCUCGUAUUUUCAAUCCAUGAUGACGUCACAACACGACACUAAUUAUGGUGAGAGCGGGCCUCUAAACGCGAAACAGAAUCGGUUUUCGUAUAUAAGUAGUAGUAUUCAGGAAAUUGGAAAAGGCCACAAUUUAAAUAUAGGGUGAUAAAAAAAUACGUAUGUUUGUUUUUUUAUGCUGAUUUGAAGAUUUACAUGAUAUUUAUAUAUGUCGAAGGUAUAUUGUCAAAGCCGUGAUAUUAUAAUGAACGGUUUAUUGUCAAUCGACUUCAUUUCUUACAAUUUAACGGCCUGGUUUUAGUGACAUUGUAACGUCACGGGUAUUGUCACUGUAUUGAUAUUGUAAGGCAAACAUUAUUUGACAAUUUUACUGAUCGUUAGUUUAUGCGGCCGUCUCUGAUUGGUCUGUUUCUUUUAAUUAUUGUAUAUUCAUUAUUUUUUUAGUUACGCAUUAGUGUAAUCAACUAAUUGUUAUCUAAGCGAGUAGGCGUACGUUCCAAAACCAAAUUAACUCUGUCAAUCAAAACCCACGAGCCGAGCGUAGCGUGCCGCGGCAGCGGUCGGCGAGUGCCGGAUCCGAAUCGGCUCUUGUUCACUGCUUUUCCAACAAUAAUUUCAGAUGGAAAAAUGCAUAUACGCUCCAAUGUUUAUUAUUAUUGUUUUGCAAAUUGCGAAUGAAACAAAAAUAAACCAAUCAGAACGCUUGACGUCUCACAUUGCUAACUUCAUUUGUAAUAUACCUAGAUUUAUUAUAAUAUCACUAUAGUAUACCCGUGACAUUACAAUAUCACUAAAACCAGGCCGUUAAAUUGUGAGAAAUAAAUUCGAUUGUACAAUCUACUGGUAAGUUAUAAUAUCACUAGUGAAAUUGUAAUAAUAAUAAUAUUGACACACUUUUUACACAAAUUAUCUUGCCCCAAGUUAAGCAUAUAUAGCCUGUGUUAUGGGUUUCAAGACAAUGAUAUAUUUAAUACAAUAUACUUACUUAAACAUACAUAAAUUCAUAUAAACAUACAUAAAUACAUUUAAACAACCAUGACUCGGAAACAAACAUCCAUAUUCAUCAUAUAAAUGCUUGCACCUACCGGGAUUCGAACCCGGGACCUCUAGCUUAGUAGGUAGGAUCGCUAACCACUCGGCUAUACAGGUCGUCGUAAUAUCACGGCUUUGACUAUAUACCUACGACAUAUUAUAUAUAAUGAUUUCUUUUAUGUUAAGUUGAAUCAAUAUGUGUGUAGUUCCCCUAUUUGGAGGAUUUCAAGGAACCUUGAGCGGGGUCGCUGACUGCUGACGUCACUACACUGCACUCAUUCAUUACAUUGGUGAGAGCGGAAUAUGAAUAGGCCACAAAUAGUUAAAGUCAAAGUCAAAAUAUUUUAUUUACAUAAAAUCAAAAGCCUGCUCGUCAACGUCAAUCACAAAAAAUACAUAUUAAUUACAUAAAAGUUUAAACAUAUUUUCAAAACAAUGCAAACCAGUGAAACAACACAAGGCUGAACCAUAUAAUCCAUAAAAAACAACUAUAAUACUAUUUAAUUCCAUAUUGUAAUAUCGUCAUAAGUCUGCGUUUAAUAAAAGAUUUAAAUUUAUUUAUUGAUAAUUCAGAUACACUUUUUGGUGAUUUAUUGUAAAAUUUAAUACUAUCGCAUGCAAAAGAAUUGUUUAUUUUACUGAGCCUAGUACGGGGCACUAUAAGCUUGUAGUUAUUUGAUAUAUGUAUAUUCAUAUAUAUUCUCAUAAUUUUGAUAUAAUGCCUUUAUUUAUGUACAGUGUUUGUAUAUAUUAUUAUGCAUCUAUUUUACUCAAUACUAUUUACGGUUUAUUUUAAGUCAAUUUACAUUGUUUUGAUUUUUAACGUACAGACGUUUGUGUUAUUUAAAUAAUUUGUAAAAUGAUGAAGCAUUUAAUAUUGUAUUGUAACUCAUUAAUCUUCAACCUCUUCCGAAGAUGUGGGUAAAAUUUAUAACUUUUAACAUUGAUAAUGUUAGUCAGUUAUAUUUAAAAAUAUAUGCUGUACUGAAUAAAUAAUAAAAACAUUUAUUGGUUGUAGAAUAUGUAUCAAUCCACUCACAUUGUCAAUUGCGAAAAUUUUAUAGACGUCAAGUAUAUAUUAUAUCUAUUAUUAAUAGCAAAAACAGGGUUGUCGAUACAUGCAGGAUCGUACAGCCAGAUAUACUUGAAAAACUACCAAUCAAAUUUACGGUGGAUGUUCCCUUUGCGUGCUAAAGUUAUUUAAUUAUUUAUAACAAGGUCCCCAUUACAACACCCUCAGGUUAUAUCCAUCGUUAAAUUGUGUAUCUACGCGUUUCUAUAAAUUGAUUAAAAAUGUAAGUAGCAUAUCUACAAGAUUUCACAGUACGAGCUAAAUAUGUACCUAAGUGUGGAAUAAACUAUAUAGAACGGAU